GUGGAGGAGCAACUGGUGCUACUACUGAUUCCAAAUGUCCUAGAUCGGGAGCAGAAGGUUCAAAGAUAGCUGGUUCAGGAGGAUGAUAUGCAGGUUCAGUAAUUGCUGUACUGAUUACCAGGAAUAAUGGAAGAAUCUGCAAAUAAAUCGACGGAAAUACAAAACCCGUCAAUUAACAAGGUCGAGUUCCUGAUCACAUCAAACACGGGAACCUGACUUGGACCAUCUGGAUCAAUCGAUCUGUUUAUCUCGAUACACGAGAAAUAUAUAAACCUACCGUUUUCUCGAUUCAUUGAACAGUUUCUUCUCGACGAGACUACAAUGUAUAUGAUCUCGUUGUUCUUAAUAUUUUUCUGUGGUUACGCCUUAACUGCAGAAACAAACGAAACAAAACAAAGUAAACGAGGAAUACCAGAAUCUAAUGGAUGGAUUGGAAUACCAAAUCCUUAUGGAUAUGGCCAUGGACAACCAUGGCUGGGUGGUCCAAUUUGGAAAGGAUUAAAAUAUCCUCCUUUUGAUUUACCUCAUGGAGGAUUACAUGGUGGAUUUUCAUAUGGAAAAGCUUUUCCUAUAUCAGUCGGAAGAACCGAAUUAUUAAAGGUUCCAGUAUAUAUAACAAAACAUGUAGUUCUGGAGAAACCAGUUCCUGUUCCAGAGCCAGUUUACAUCGAAAAACCGUAUCAUGUGCCUGUCGAGAAGGUGAUCCCAGUUCCGAUUGAAAAGAUCAUUCAUAAACCAGUACCAGUUCCUAUUCCGAUACCCGAGGCAGUUCCAGUUCCAGUGGAACGUCCUAUCCCGAUACCGGUGAAACAUCCCGUUGCAGUUCCAGUACAACAACCGUAUCCAGUUCCAGUAAAACAAGUGUAUCCAAUACCGGUUCCGGUUCCAGUUCCGAUUCCGGUCCAACCACCAAUUCCGUUCCUUGGUGCAGGCGCAAUUGGUGCAGGAGCAUAUGCCGCUCGAUAUGGUUAUGGCGGUGGACACAUUUAUCCUGCGUUGCAUGGUCACUCACUGCCCGUACACUUCGGUCAUAGUUUUGGCGUCGGUUUCGGACAUGGUUUCGGUCACCACGGUUUUAGUCACGAAUACGGUCACGGCCACGGUUACGGCUAUCAACCUCUUUCGUACGCUCACGACUACGGUCAUGGACACGAACAUAAGAAACGAAGUAAGAAUUGAAAGAAUAUAUCUCGAAAAAUAUAAUCUUCGAUAAUAUCGUUUGAACAUUCGAGUGAAUUGCAAUAAAUAUUGAGAAUCGAUUGUUAGAAAAUUGAAAUACCGUACAAUUCACUCAAAGAAAUCUAAUUUGAGAAUUUAGAAAAUAAAUAUUAAAUAGAUUAUCUUUGAUUUGUUAGAUUGACGAAAUUUUUAUGUAAGUAUUUUUAAGAAGAAACAUUUCUUCGUAAUAUAUUAUACUUUGAUAUU